GGAAUGGUGAACCACAAGAAGUUGCCAAGUGAAGGAUCUGCUUCGGGUCAUGCGCGUGUUAAGCUGCCCCCAGGAGUACCAUCUUUCACACAUAUCACCCGGAAUAAUUUUGGGGGCCGAAAGAACAAGAAGUUGAAAACCGCGGAUAUUGCUGUAUGUGUCUGUAAAUGGGAUGCAAGUCUUCCAAAUAGUGCAUGUGGGAAGAGUUGCCUUAAUGUUAUGUCAAGUAUAGAGUGCACACCUGGCUACUGCCCAUGUGGUGACAUGUGCCAAAAUCAGAAAUUUCAGAAAUUACUCUAUGCCAAGACAAAGUUGUUCCAAACAGCAGACCGUGGUUGGGGUAUGUUGGCUGAUGAAAAUAUUAAGGCUGGACAAUUCAUAAUCGAAUACUGCGGAGAAGUUAUAUCAUCUGUUGAAGCAAAGUCAAGGUCACUAUCCUAUGAAGCUGAAGGUGUCAAAGGUGCUUACAUCUUCUCGCUCAAUACCAAUUUCCAUAUUGAUGCCACCAAAAAAGGAAGUCUUGGCAGGUUUAUAAAUCACUCCUGCGAACCUAACUGUGAGACGAGGAAGCUGAAUGUUUUAGGGGAAAUCAGAGUUGGUAUUUUCGCAAAGAAAAAUAUUACCAUUGGUACUGAACUUGUUUAUGACUAUAAGUUUGAAUGGUAUGGUGGAGAAAACGUACGAUGCUUGUGCGGUGCAUCCACCUGUUCAAAAUUUCUUGGGGCAAAAUCUGCUGCUUUCUUGGAGAACAACCAUGUAUGGGUAGAAGGUGAUCUUAGAUACAAAGUUGAAGAAGUCCCUUUGUAUGAUUCCGCAGAAGAUGAGAAACCAGAUCACAUGGGAAAUGUCAAGAUAGAUAUGAUUGCUUACACCUUGAAUGCACAAGGUUCGGUUUCUAAAAGAAGAGCACAACAAAACGGUAAGAAGAGUACAUCAGAAGGUUCAAGCGCAGAGCAAGUUGAUGGUAAACGCAUUGCCAAGCUGUUUGCAUCAAAGGAAGCUCAAAACGAAAUCUUGAAGUGUGAGGGAGAAAGAAGUAGAGCUGACUCUAAGUUGAACUCUGUUUACGACGAGAUUCGUCCAGCCAUUGAAGAACACAACCAGGACAACCAAGAUAAGGUGGAUGACAGCAUGGCCAAGAAGUGGAUAGAAGCCCAUUGUGCCAAAAUGAAGGCAGACUUCAACUUUCAUUUCUCGGUCGUGAAGAAUUCAUUAUUCGCUCCUCCAAACGGAACAUCGAAGCCUGCGAAUGAUCCUAGUAAUUCAUAAAAUUCAAUUGUCUGGUAUGGCAUAUCAUGGAUUUAUUUUUAUUUUUGUGGAAACUAAUUUUUUAUUUGAAAGAUCCAGUGAUCUUAAGAAGUUUUGUUGGACACUCCCCUUACAAUGAAACAUGAGAUUUACUGCCUGCAUUCUUUA